GAUGGCUGAACAUAAUCUUAUGCAGUUUGUUAAAAGUCUUAACCACUACGGCACAAUAUAUAUCAUACGUUUAUCUUGAAUUCGCGUUAAAGGGAACGACACUAAGGCUGUCCUGCACAGUGGCACUGUACGUGUGUAUGUGUUUGUGACAUAUUGACGUUCAAUACAUUGUGAUUACAGACCGUAUAUCCUACACUUCCUGUCAGGAACUUCAAUGACCUAGCCGGGACUCAAAAGGGCGCAGAUUGGGGAUAACGAGACUGUGGAAUUACUUGUUUUGGACUUUUACUUGUUUUGGACUUAAAAAGGCCAGUGUCGAACUAUUGUUGACCUCUGACGGAGGUCUAACGGUACGGUAAACCACGCCCUAAAUCAAGACAUAGGUAUUCGACAGCUUUAAGAGGUAACCGUCCACAGAAAACGUUCAGAUUGAUACGCAGAAAUAGUCGAGGGAGUUCCCGUACUGAUGUGAUUUAUAGACGGAAAAAUACCAACAGGGGCAUCGUUCUUUCCAUGUGUUUAAAAUGUCUCUGAUAGCGUUAAACACCCGCUACCGGAAGCUGUUCGCCAUCGUGUGGGCCCUAAUAGAGAUACUUCUGUUCGCUGGGCUCUUCUUUGGCUGGGGUACACUGGUUUUCAUGUUAAAGGAGGAAGGAGUGUACGGACAUCUUUGUGAAAACGAGGCGAUUGGAUCAGGGCAUAGAUUUGGAGUGUCAGGACUCGGAACCGUGAAUGAAGAUCAAUUGAAUUUAACUACGGUGGGAUAUGAAGUCUACAGUACAAAUGUUACCCACGGAUUUAAACAUAACAACACAGGCAGCACCAGACGGCAUAAUGUGGUAGGAUGUCCGGCUCAGGACAAGGUUUUCAACUUGGGCUUCACCAUGGUCAGUGGGCUUUGGCCAUUCUUCUACGGUUUACUCGGCCAACUUGGUCACAGGUUCGGAACUCGCUUUCUUAGACUAAGCAGCAUAUUAAGUUUCAUUUCCGGUUCUUUAUUUGUUGCCUUUACGACACCAGAACUUCCAUGGCUGGCCUUUAUCGGACUCUUUAUGUACGGCAUAUCCGGAUGUAGUCUUUUAUUCUCUAACUUCCAGCUGUCCUACCUGUUCACGCGCGGUCGGUUACUUGUGUGCAGUUUGAUGACCGGAUCGUUUGAUUCCUCCAUCGCCACUCAGUUAUACAUCAAGAUGAGCUAUGACAGCGGCAUCGAGAGACGGUCCUGUUACAUCUUUAUCGCUUGCUUGCACACAAUGGCUUUCAUCAGCACGUUUCUGUGGCUCCCUAAGACAUACAUCGAUCUUCCCGAGACAACCGACGAAACAAUAGUCGUGCAUCCUGACGAAGAGGAGGAGAAAAUGAACGAUAAGGACGGAAAUGGGCAACCAAUAGGUUUAGAACAAAGAAAAUGCGGCAAUGCAACGAAAAGCCUAAAUAACUGUUUAUCGACAGAGCAAGGUGAUGCUUCCAUUCUUCUGAGUGAACAGCCAGUUGUAACGAAAGAUGCCGAUCUGAGUCUGCGGGGUCACUUGUGCUCCAAUAUCUUCCUCAUGCACGUGUUCUGGUACAGCAUUCUCCAACUGAGAUUCUUCUACUUCGUGGGUACACUGAAUCCAUGGCUAGAGAGGGUCAGCCAGUCGGAGGAGGAAGUUAGUCGUUACACGGACAUCAGCAUGUUCUUCAUGUUGGGAGGUAUCAUUACGUCGUUUAUAGCAGGCUCAUUCUCCGAAAUGCAGAAACGCAGAUACAAAGAUAGUAAGAGUUCACGGAAACGAAAGACUGGGCCCGUAUUACUGCCCCUGAUAGUGGGAACGGCCCUUGGGGUGCUGCUCUCGGUGAUGCAGAUGAUUUCUGUCGAGGGAGCUAUCUACGCCUCCUUUAUUUCUGUGACGUUCUUCAGAUCAUUCUUGUACGCCAUUGGAAAUGGCUACCUCAGUGAAAUGUUUCCUAGCAAGUAUUUCAGCUCCCUGUCGGGUAUCCUCAUGGUUCUGACCGGAACAGCCAGUUUUUUCCAGUACCUGUUCUUCUACUGGACCGAGUCCUACUCCGGAGCAUACCUACACGUGGACAUCGUACUAGUAGGUAUUGUGCUGACGUCCUUGGCGCACCCAAUUUAUCAAUGGCUGCAGUGUCGGAAGCUUGACUGACCAGCUAUACAAACCGUGAUAGACCUGCAUGUAUUCAUGUGAACACGGUGUCUGAACUAACUGAAUAUACCAGGAGUUCCCGUCAUUGCCACUAUGAAUUCAGAUUUGAUAACUGCAUAAACUUUGGCUAAUUAAUCGUUUUGUUGUGUUGAUGUAAUGGAACAACUUUAUGUAUAUUUUUCUGGUUGGAGAUACCAGAUGGUUUGUGUGUCAACGCGACUGCAGUUAUGAAUACUUGAUCAACUGUUUUUGGAUAUACCAAGAGUUUUGUGUGUGUGUGUCAAUGUGACUGCUGUGAUGAAAAGUGAUGAAAAGUGUUAUCCUGUGUCAACGUGACCGCUAUGAUGAAUAGUGUUAUCAACUUUGUUUUGGAGAAACAAGGAAUUUUGUUUGUCUGUUUUAUUAUGUCUUCAUUGAUAAAAACUUCAUCUGAUUCGAAUGCAGUAAUUGAUUGACUAUUGCCACUUUAGAAAACUGGAGAUAGCAGGAGAUUUGUUUUUUCGAGUGUGUUAAUGUGUUUUCAUUAAUGGUGUUACUUUAUAAACUGUUCUUGCAAUCGAUUAUAAGACGUUUGUGUGUGGAUGGGUGUCAAUGUGUCUUCAAAGAUGAAAUAGCAAUAUAAACAUUGUCUUAUUUGAGACAUCAGCAGUUUUCUGUUUAUGUCAAUAUGACUGCAGUUAUGGAAAACAAUUAUACACUUUGUCUGAUAUGAAGAUACUGAGAGUUUUAUGUGAGUAAGUGUGAACUCGGUGAUAGUAUUAAUAUGGAUUAAACCCCUUUGAUCGUUGUCAGAGUAUACCAAAAUAUAAUCUUUGUGUAACGGUUACUGUAGCGUUGAACUAUCUCGGGCGUUAUUACAUUUUACAUUGACGAACUGGAAACUCUCGGCUUUCAUUACAUUAACGGACAGAGCAAAGUGAGAGACAAACUGACCAUCAACUGGGCACUCUCUGGCUUCAAUACAAUGACGAACUGUACGCUCUAAGGCUUCAUUACAUUGACGGAGAGAACAGAGGCAGAGGGAAUAAAGCACUGACCAACUGGCCACUCUCAGGCGUUAAUACAUUGAUAAAUGAUAGAUAUAUUCUAAGAAAUGUUAGAAUGUUUAAUCCACCACUAUGUCGUACAGAAUCCUAUGCUAAAAGCUUCUUCCCAGUAAUGUGCAACUGAGAAAGGACAAUAACACAACAAAUAUAACAUGCAUGUAACUGUUGACAGGAACAGAUUUAAGAAACUAAUACACAUAUGCAAGUAUGAUCAAUAAACACACACAUAAAUGUGAUCGUUCAAACAUGCAUGUUUAGACAAAUUGGAAAAACAAAAUAAAACUUUACAGAUCAUUCAGGACAGUUGUCCCUCAUUCGGUGGUGACUCAAACCUAUUGUCUGUAUGGACACCUGUGAUAGUGGGAGCUUUACCACGCGAGCGUUGGUGAAUGUUGUUGGAGCGAUGACGUCGUUGAACUUGGUGGGCCAGAGUACGGACACCGGAUCGCGAGGCACGUUGAUGGUCUUGGGGAGGGGGGUCGGGGUAGGAAUCCAAUUCGCUCAGGCGGGUGACUUGGGCCUUAGACCCAUUACUAUGUCGAAUAACAAUCCUCCCGUCAUUCGUCCAGGUACCCGAUAUGUGACCAGCUGACUUAAGAUAACGUGCCUUAGUGAAUAUCUGGGCUCUUUGUAUGGUCAGGGCUUCAUUCACGUAUAAUUUAAAUGGACUGGGCCGGGGGUGACGAUGAAGAAUUACUUGAGGUCGACUCGCUUCUAACAAAAAGCAAAAAUCUGGCUUCAUAUACUGAGGCUCGAACACGGUAGGAUAGGAAUCUUAC